ACUCCUGUGUUCUCAGGGCCUCCCGACCACCGCUUGCUUUACAGUUUUGCUUUCUUUUUCUUUCGGUUUAUUUAUUUAUUUUUGAGUCAGCCCAGUCUGGGCUCGAACUAGCGGCCGUCCUCCUGCCUCAGCCUCCUGGAUAUACAAGCCUCAAGAGUCUUUAUUUUCUCCGAUGUUUCCCUAGAAAUAAACCCACUUACGGAAAUCUGAACACUUUUAUGAAAAGACGCAGUUUGAAAUCUAUGGAGUGUGCUUUUGUGUAUGAAUAGUUAUAAAAUAUUGAGUUUUCAAAAAGAAGGCUAGUAUGGUACAUUUGUGUAACAGAGAUGCUGUGGUAAAACACGGCUGUUAGUGAUUUGUGAUAACAGAAGAAAGCUAUGUCUUGAUAAAUUAUUCGUCCUUAAUUAUAGCAGACAUAGUGGAGUGGGCCUUUAGUGAAACACAGGUGAACUUUAUAAAAUGCAGUCUAGGUAAGUUUAUGGACAAACUACUGCCUGUUAGUCAGCUGUAUUAAAAUGUUAGACACUGACAGAGUUAAGAUAGUGAUAUAUAUAUAAGAUUUGACAAUGAGAGAGCGACAGUUUAGGCAUUAUGCAAGGUCAUUUACUACACAUAUUGGAGUCUUAAUAAAGCUUGGGUUGACUUCCCCAGAAGUUAACUGAGGUUAACAGAAUCCGUUUUAGAAAUACUGUGAGGACGAGCUGUAUGACAUUAGCUUUUAGGAAAUAGGACCAGAUGGAGAAUUUAGUUAUUUGGUAAAAAAAAAAAAAAAAAAAGAAUUAGUUCAGAUGUCAUAUUGAAGUCUUUAUAAGGGGAAAAAAAAAGUCUGGAAAAAAGGGAACUCUCCCCCCCCAUAUAGUCAGCAGUUGACCUAGUGUCUAGAUUUUAUAACUUGUAAUGAAAAGUAAAUGGAAUAGCUCUUGUGUUACCCAGAAGAAGAGGUUCAUUUGAUUCUGUACAGUCCUGAGUAGUGUAGGGUCUUGGAAAGUGAGACAGAUUUGAGCUGUGUGAGUGUGAAUUCAUGCAAAUCCAGUCACAAUACAGUGAAUUCCAUUUAGGUCGGUGUGUGCCGUUUCAUUCCUGUCUGUGGCAGAGAUCUUAGUGUGAAGUGACUAAGCUUCAUGUAACAGUUUAAGCAUCAGAGAUACUGUUACUACUCAUGCACAAAACUAUCUCCCAGAGUAGUCUGAGGUACCUUACACCAAAACCUAACAGAAUAAUGGAGGAUAGCACAAUCUUGUCAAAUUGGACAAAAGAAAGCAAAGAAAAAAUGACAUAUGACUUUUCAUGUGAACUCUACAGAAUGUCCACAUACUCCACUUUCCCCCCCGGAGUUCCUGUCUCAGAAAGGAGUCUGGCACGUGCUGGCUUUUACUACAUGGGUGUCAAUGACAAGGUCAAGUGCUUCUGCUGUGGUCUGAUGCUGGACAACUGGAAACAAGGGGACAGUCCUGUUGAAAAGCACAGACAGUUGUAUCCCAGCUGCAGCUUUGUGCAGACUCUGCUCUCAGCUAGGCCACAGCCCUCGUCUAAGAACAAUUCUCCUGUGAGAAGUAGGCCACGAGAUGGCCUUCAGUCCAGCCUGGCCUCAGACCCUCUUAAUUCUAGAGCAGUGGAAGACUUCUCAUCAAGGAUGAACCCUUGCAGCUAUGCCAUGAGUUCUGAAGAGGCCAGAUUUCUUACUUACAGUAUGUGGCCGUUAAGCUUUCUGUCACCUGCAGAGCUGGCCAGAGCUGGCUUCUACUACAUAGGGCCUGGAGACAGGGUGGCCUGUUUUGCCUGUGGUGGGAAACUUAGCAACUGGGAACCGAAGGAUGAUGCUAUGUCAGAGCACCGGAGACAUUUUCCCAACUGUCCAUUUCUGGAAAAUUUUUCAGAAACACAGAGGUUUAGUAUAUCAAAUUUGAGUAUGCAGACACACACUGCUCGAAUGAGGACAUUUCUAUACUGGCCAUCUAGUGUUCCUGUUCAGCCUGAGCAGCUUGCAAGUGCUGGAUUUUAUUAUGUAGAUCGCAAUGAUGAUGUCAAAUGCUUUUGUUGUGAUGGUGGUUUGAGGUGCUGGGAAUCUGGAGAUGACCCCUGGGUAGAACAUGCCAAGUGGUUUCCAAGCUUCCUGAAGAUGAGUAUUAUUCAUUGCCUAUCUGGCAGUAUGUGUGAGUUCCUGAUACGAAUGAAGGGGCAGGAGUUCGUUGAUGAGAUUCAAGCUAGAUAUCCUCAUCUUCUUGAACAGCUGUUGUCCACUUCAGACACUCCAGGAGAAGAAAGUGCUGACCCUCCAAUUGUACAUUUUGGACCUGUUGAAAGUUCGGAAGAUGCAGUCAUGAUGAACACGCCUGUGGUUAAAGCAGCUUUGGAAAUGGGCUUCAGCAGAAGCCUGGUGAAACAGACAGUUCAGCAUCAAAUCCUGGCCACUGGUGAGAACUACAGGACCGUAAAUGAUAUUGUCUCAGCACUUCUUAAUGCUGAAGAUGAAAGAAGAGAGGAGGAGAACGAAAGACAAACUGAAGAAAUGGCAUCAGGUGACUUGUCACUAAUUCGGAAGAAUAGAAUGGCCCUCUUUCAACAGUUGACAUGUGUCCUUCCUAUCCUGGAUAAUCUUCUUGAGGCCAGUGUAAUCACUAAACAGGAACAUGAUAUUAUCAGACAGAAAACACAGACACCUUUACAAGCAAGAGAGCUGAUUGACACUGUUUUAGUCAAGGGGAAUGCUGCAGCCAACAUCUUCAAAAACUGCCUGAAGGAAAUUGACUCCACAUUGUAUGAAAACUUAUUUGUGGAAAAGAAUAUGAAGUAUGUUCCAACGGAAGAUGUUUCAGGCUUGUCUUUGGAAGAACAGUUGCGGAGAUUGCAAGAAGAACGAACUUGCAAAGUGUGUAUGGACAGAGAGGUUUCUAUUGUGUUCAUUCCUUGUGGUCAUCUGGUGGUCUGCCAGGAGUGUGCGCCUUCCCUGAGGAAGUGCCCCAUCUGCAGGGGUACGAUCAAGGGCACAGUGCGCACAUUUCUCUCAUAAAUGAACGGUCUUGAAGUAUUGUUGGACUCCAGAAGCCAUCUGAACAAAGGACGAAUUACUGAUUCAGCUAGUGCAUUCAUGCUCUGCUCUUCACAAUUAGUAAUGUUGCAUCAUUAAAGGUAGUAUUGUAUAUUUAAUCUUAAGUGAUUGCAAGGGAAGAUCUAUGCUGGUGAGCUUAGGGAGUGUGUAUAUACCAGAGCAGGAGUGGUAGUGCUUGCUUUGUAUUAUUCAGGAGUUACUGGAUUUGUAGUUUGGGGAAGCACGGAUUCAGGUGAUGUGGAGCUCAGAAGUCCUGGAAAUCAGUGGCCCUGGCACUUGGCAGUUAGGGCUCCCUGUGCUUCUUGGUGCUUUUUCCCUGUGGAAAAUAGGAUUUUUCUCUUACUGGUAAAUAGUAUUUCUCCUGUUUGUGAGAAACAUAUUAAUAAAGUGAUUUUUAAAGGCUUGCA